GUUUUCUUCCUCCCGCAUCGUAAAUUGGAUGUCCGGGAAGACGCUGAUGAGACGUUUCUUGAAUCUGGGUACCUGAUCCCGUUCGACGACGAUGGUGUUAUCCACAUACCCCAACCAGAAUUUCGGUCUGUGCUGUUGGAAGACCAGCGACCCCAGCCGUUGAAGGACCGCCUCGACUAA